AUGGACGCAACCGAUCGUUUCUCUUCAUCCGAUUCCCGCGAAUCGUUCGAAUUGGAUCGUGCUGCAGCCGGUGUCGACUACAAAAAAGGAAAAAAGGAGAAGAAGACGGCGGGCGAGGCGAGGAAAAAGAACACGGCGACGGAAGGAUCGCGUCGCGUCAAAAGGGAGAAGGCCGAGCCGACGGGCAAGACGCAGAUCUCGGCGGCGCCAUCGCAAGGGCAUCCGAUCGUCGAGCAGUGGGUGCAGAGGGCGCUCGACGCGGGCGUGGAGAAGCUGCGCGAAGAGUUCCGGCAGCUGGCCAAGUACGUGCGCGAGAACAUGACGAAGACGGCGUUUGACGCGAGCCAGACCCCCGACAUGACGACGACGAAGAACAGGCGAGUGAGCGGGGUGCUGUCGGCCGGCAACCGCGCCCGUUUGCAGGUACCAGGACGUGCCCUGCCAGGACCACUGCAUCGUCAAACUGGUGCCGCCAGCGCCGACCAGCUACAUCCACGCGAACUUUGUCGGCUGUCCGAUGCUGCCCGAUCGCCGCUUCAUCUGCACUCAGGGACCGCUCGACCAGACGGUCGACGAGUUCUGGUUCAUGAUUCUGCAGGAGAAGGUCGAGCAGAUUGUGAUGUUGUGCAAGACGAUCGAAACGGUUCGUGGGCAACAAUGAACUGGUACGAAACGAUUCGUUUGCAGGGAAAGUACAAGUGCGCGCAGUAUUGGCCGGCGAAGGCGGGCGAAAAACUGGUGACCUCCUCGAAGAUCACCAUCGAGAACUUGUCCGGUCCGAGCCCAAUGGACCGUGAUCCCGAGAUCACCAUCUCCCAACUGACGGUCACUUUUCAAGACCGAACCCAUUCGGUGCGUCAUUUGCACUGGACCGACUGGCCCGAUCGCGGAGUUCCGCCGUGCAAACUGACCAGUCUGGAGCUGCUCUCGGCGGUGCGCGGAUCCAAAGUUCCGAUUGUGGUGCACUGUUCGGCAGGCAUCGGACGCACCGGGACCAUCGUUGCCAUCGAGUACAUUCUCGGUGAGUGGGAAUCCGCCGAAACACGUCGAACCCGCGUCUCAAUUCUUCAGAGAGAAUCGCCGAGGGAAAGCAAUUGGAGGUGAUGCCCGAACUGGUGAAACAGCUGCGCGACCAGCGGGCCUACUCGAUCCAAAACGACCUUCAGUACCUGUACAUCCAUCGCGUGAUGCUCAAUUAUUUCCUCGAAAAGUACAAGGAAAAGUACGCGGCCAUCUUGACGCACGACAACAUUGCCAAGUACGAUAAAUUCAUCAAAGACUACAAUGUGGUCGUUGGACAGACGUAGAAAUAAACAAUUUUUGAUGUGUUUUCUUGUUUUGACUGGAUAGAGUAAUGACACAGACACGACCGGAACUACCGGGCUCAACUGGGUCGAUGCCAGUCAGCCGAACAACGCCUACGUGGAAAGGAGCAAAAAUAAAGUGCAAAGUACAAAUGGAUAUUACGGAAAAACCCAGGACUGUGCCGUCAUUUUCCAAUCACUGAAGAAUGUGUACUGGUUCGCCGGAGCUAUUGAUGAUGUGCAGUGAGUUUCAGAGUUCUCUUGGUUUUCUUCUGUUCUUCUUAUUUUCAGAUGCAAUGCUCCAACUCAAUUCGACGCGAAUCAGAAUCGUAAGAUCCGCGGAUACUUGUGUGCAAUGCCGGCUUCCUAA